AAUUCUCUUACCAAAUGAUUGUACGUAGCGCUCGUUUGCUCUCAUUGGGAUGCUUCUAGCUCCUCCCCGUUUCCUGCUUAGACCUCUCCCCACCCGCUGGACACAAAACUGAGCGGCCUGACAAGACGUCCCAGUCAGUGUUCGGAUGCGGUGCGACAAUGACGACCACCACUACAGGCUUCGACCGCGCUCUGCAGCAUCUGGUAGUUAAUUACAGAUGGGUGUUCGCGUCAUUCUUUCUUUUGCCGUUGUCUUUCUUGUAUGAAGUGUGGUCGUAUGCACGCAACUGGUUGGUCUUCAAACUUAAUACCGCACCGAAACAACAUAACAAGAAAGUUCAAUAUGUGCAACGUCAGGUUCGGCAAUGGAAAGAAUCUGGUGGCAACAUCCCAAUGUGCACUGCUCGGCCUGGUUAUCAAACUAUGUCUUUACGCAAACCAAAGUAUAAGAACACCAUGUACAACAUACAUGUGAAUCUUGUUGAUGUAUUGGAAGUAAAUGAAGAAAAGCAAACAGUUCGUUGUGAGCCCCUUGUGACAAUGGGUCAAUUAACAGCCACUUUGAAUCCAUUGGGAUGGACUAUUCCAGUUGUCCCUGAACUUGAUGAUCUAACAGUCGGAGGUUUAGUAAUGGGUACUGGUGUGGAAUCUACAUCACAUAUUUAUGGAUUAUUUCAACAUAUUUGUGUUUCAUAUGAACUAGUAAUGGGUGAUGGAAGUGUAGUAACCUGCUCAAAAGAGAAUAAUCCUGACUUAUUCUAUGCUGUUCCCUGGUCAUAUGGAACACUAGGACUGCUUACAGCUGCUGAAAUAAAAAUUAUUCCUGCCAAAAGGUAUGUGAAGCUUCACUACCAGCCAGUAUAUACUUUGGAUGAUGCUGUUGGUUUAUUUGCAAAGGAAAGUAAAAGCAAAGAACAUCAGUUUGUAGAAGGUCUGAUGUUUAGCAAGAAUGAAGGUGUUAUUAUGACAGGGGACAUGAUAAAUGAAAUUGGAAAAUGGUAUAAACCUUGGUUUUUCCUCCAUGUGAAGAAAUUCUUGAAGAAAGGACCAGGAGAUGAAGUCAUUCCUUUGAGAGAUUAUUAUCAUAGGCAUACACGUGCAUUAUUUUGGGAAGUUCAGGACAUCAUACCAUUUGGUAACAAUAUCAUUUUCCGGUAUUUAUUUGGCUGGAUGAUGCCUCCCAAGGUUUCGUUACUAAAAUUAACAGAAACAAAAGCUAUUACUGACCUUUAUGAAAACCAUCACAUGAUUCAAGACUUUUUAAUUCCUGUAUCAGCUCUCAAAGAAGCAAUUACAGUAUCUCACAAAGCUGUGGAGAUUUAUCCUCUAUGGCUAUGUCCAUUUAAUUUACCAAAUGAUCCUGGAAUGGUUCAUCCAGCUGCCAACAAUGAAGAAAUGUAUGUUGAUCUUGGUGUAUAUGGAGUACCAAAAACUGGAAACUUUGAUGCUGUGAAAACUACAAGACACAUGGAAGAUUUUAUUGCUAGUGUCCAUGGAUUUCAGAUGCUGUACGCCGACUCUUUCCGGACGAAAGAUGAAUUUCGACAAAUGUUUGAUCAUUCUUUGUACGACAUCUUUAGGAAAAAGUAUAAUGCAACGGAGGCUUUUCCUGACGUGUACAAUAAAGUCAGCAAAUCAGCUAGAAUAUAGUACAGUAUUUCUAUAUGGAAUGAUGCUGUUGAAAUAUAUACCAUGGAAAAUAUUUUAAUUUUUGUAGUUCUUUAAAUAAAAACAUACAUAACAAAAAGCAUGUGCAAUUUUAUUAGAAUCUUCAGAAUCCCCAAAACUAAACU